AUGAGUUUUGCAAUGUGUGAACUUAUUUUUGCAAUGUUGAUUGAUUCAGGCCAAGGAGAUGCAGCCGCUGCAGGUGCAGGAGGUAGUCAAGGACCUAGACCAUCGAACAAGCGUCUACAGCAGACUCAGGCGCAAGUUGACGAAGUCGUAGGAAUCAUGAAGGUAAAUGUCGAAAAAGUCCUCGAGCGUGAUCAGAAGCUUUCGCAACUCGACGACCGUGCCGAUGCUUUACAGGUGAUUUGA